UAAUCUCAGCAUCAUCUGCUCUCAUCUGUCUGACACUGAAAAUACUGCUGAGAUUUGCAAACAAUACGCAUUAGCAUCGCUGCAAAUCUCAUUCUCUGAUCUGAUUUAAUUGAACAUUAUUACCAAUAAUUAUCAUAUAGUUUAUUUUCUGGUAAUCGAGUAGAAAGAAAUGACGCCCCGGUCCCAAUGGUGGGGCUCGUUUCUCAUUUUGACCCUGUUGGCUGGGACCUGGACCUUCGUCCUGGAGGGGAAUGCUUUGGGUGAGCAGGAUUUGUUGGACGCACCGUCCUCUCCCACUCAGAAAUUCGACGCUGACCUCAUCGACCAAGUCCUGAGUUCCGACUAUUUCGAGGACGACAAGGAGGCAGCCAAAGAUGCACCCUCUCCUCCUGCAGGGUCACUUCCUGUCCAACCGGAAGUUGCAGAAGAGGUGGAGGAAGAAGUCACGACGAGCAAGAAUCCAUUCUGCGUCGGAUGCCCGAUGGAAGUGGAUGUUGAUGAUGACAAAAUCAAAGAAAUGGCUGGCUUCGCCUUUUCAACGCAUUUGAGUGGGUUUGACGAUUUGGAACGGGCACAGCGGAUGGUUCGCGUCGUGAAUGCCAUGACACAAGUGGUCGCUGGACAAAAGUAUAUUCUGGAUUUAGAGGUCGGACUCACAAAUUGUACAAAGGCCCAACACGAUCUGGACAAGGAACAAUGUGCUAUGGAUCCUUCUGAAGACACAUUUAUUUGCAACUUUGAAGUUGUUGAACAGUCAUGGAUCAACAAUAAGGAAGUAGUGAGAUCCAACUGCAAGAGAGAAAAAGUGUCGAGGCGAGAGGAUGGUGAUGAUGAUGAACAAGACGAUUAUGACGACUUGGAGCAAGACGGUGACAUAGUGGGCGAUGGUGAUACCACGCUCCCUACUGCACAAAAGCAGCCAAAGAGUUUGAGACGCAAGCGAGAUGUUGUUUCUUCUCCUUCUCCACCGUCGCCGCCAGUGCCAAUCCUUGGUGGGUCAAGGGACGCUGAGGAAAGUACGGAAAAAUUGAUGGACCUGGCCAAGUUUGCUGUCCAGCAGUUGGACACUAUCGAUGCGGAUGAUGAUGCGAGAUUGGUUAUGGAAGUUUUGGACUCGAAGAAGCAGACCGUGUCUGGGUGGAUGUACACCUUGAAGAUCCGCGUAGCCCACACAACUUGCAAAGAGGGUGAGGAAGUGACACUGGCGAAAUGCAAGGACAAGAUUGUACCCCCGUUCCGCGUGUGCAGUGUCAAGAUAUUAUUCCAGCCAUGGCAAGAAGUUCAACGUAAAAUGACCGAAAGCCAAUGUCUUCCAGAGAAAGCGUACUACAAGAAGAAACAGGGGAAGAAAAUUGCAAAACAGUUGGAUUUAUACAAGGAAAAUGAAGUCAACAAGAAACAAAAACUACACCGAGCUCUGGGUGGAUUUCACGAGGUGGAUGUGAAAAGUUCAGAACUUGUAGAACUCGUGAAUUUCAUUGUGGAAUCGAUUGACCAACAAAGCAAUGCUAUGCAUGCUCAAAAAUUGGUUAAAAUUGUAGCCGCCCAAAGGCAAAUUGUUGCCGGAAUGAAGACAAAGCUUGUCGUAGAAUUAGGAUACACCGGUUGUCGUAAGAAUCCUACUUUGGAUAAAUCCCAGUGUGAAAUCGAUAAUACCAGAGAGCAUCAAUUUUGCAACGUCACCGUAUUGGAACAACCUUGGCUCAAAAGCAAGCAAAUUACUCACUCCAAAUGUGGCCCGAGAGAAUCAAUGUUUCUGGACAGGACGAAAAGGAGUUUGAGUUUGUUCCAUAUCAAAUUGGAAAAGGACGAAGGUGUCAACCAAAAAGAGUUUCAAAGUUUUAUGGACAUGCAUGGGAAAAAGUACGAGUCCAGGGAAGAGUACACCUACCGACUUGGAGUCUACAUGGAGAAUAUGAAAAAGGCAAAACUGCUUCAAGAUAAUGAGCAGGGGACAGCCGUGUAUGGUUCCACUGCGUUUGCAGAUUUGACAGAGGAAGAGUUUUCUAAACACUAUCUCGGACUGAGACCAGAUUUGCGUCAAGGAACCAAGAAAGUUAAGACGGCAAAGGUUCCAUAUUUGUCAUCGCUGCCAGACGAGUUUGACUGGAGGAAUUACAAUGCCGUAACUCCUGUAAAGAACCAAGGAAUGUGUGGAUCAUGUUGGGCCUUUUCCGUCACGGGAAAUAUUGAAGGCCUUUACGCCAAGAAAUACAACAAACUGAUGUCUUUCUCCGAACAGGAACUCGUGGAUUGUGACACUCUGGACGAAGGUUGCAAUGGUGGCCUGCCUGAAAAUGCAUAUAAGGCUUUAGAAAAGUUGGGUGGUCUAGAAACUGAGUCUGCCUACCCGUACGACGGAAAAGGCGAAAAGUGUUCGUUUGAUGCUAGCAAGGCCGCAGCAAAGGUGAAAGGUUUUGUUGAGCUGCCCAAAAACGAAACCGAGAUGGCCAUGUGGCUGGUUAAGAAUGGACCAAUCUCAAUUGGAAUCAAUGCGAACGCGAUGCAGUUUUACAUGGGCGGAGUAUCCCAUCCUUGGAAGUUCCUUUGCGGCAAGAAGAGCUUGGACCAUGGUGUUCUCAUCGUUGGUUUUGGAGUUCAUACCACAUCCAUAAGACACAAAGUGAUGCCAUAUUGGAUUGUGAAAAAUAGUUGGGGACCUUCAUGGGGAGAGAAGGGUUACUACCGGGUCUACCGAGGAGAAAAUACGUGCGGUUUGGCUGAAAUGGCCACCUCUGCCGUCGUCGACUAAUCAAGUCAUGAGACAAAACAAAAGUUCACUUAAUUAUAUAUAAGCUAAGCGAGUAAACUCGUGUGUACGUCAAUCUGUUUACUCGGACAAAAUCAAAAUGUACUCAAUCUCUACACAAAUACUUCAACAAGUGGAACACUACUUAUCAAUGUGGUCACGUUUUGAAAUAAUUAUCCCAAACAAAUAUGAUCCCGCUUUUAAAAUGAUAUUAUUCUUGUUUAAUUAAGAGCUUUAAUUAGGUUUAGUGCAUGGAUUUACGAUGCAAAAUUUAACAAUUCUCAAGAAAACAUUUUAUCAACUACGCAUAUUUUUUAGCUUGCUUUGACAUUGUAAAACCUCGCAGCAACAAAGAAAUCUCAUUUUAAUUAUUGAUCUGAUUGUGAUGUUUGUUAACCCAUGUGAUAGAAAAUUUGAAUUUUUUAAUAAAAAGUCAUCGUAGUGACAGAAAAUUUAUA